CUGCCCUGAGGAGGAUGAGAGCACUCAGAGCUCUCUGCCCGUGCUUUGGUUCUCAGUCCAGACCUGCACAUCCUGAGGAUGGAGGCAGGGCAAAGAAGGCUGUCCCUGAAGCCGUCACUACCUUUGUGGCUAGUGGGGCUUCUCUGCUAAAGCGGCUGCAAGACCAUGAGGGUGACCGAGUGGAGACAUACCGGGAGCUGGAGAGCUUCUUGCAAGGAGACGAUGGCAGUUUGCAGAGCGGUGUCGUGAACCGCCUGAUAGCAGAGGUGUCCAGUGACAUGCGAGCAGCCCAGGGUGUGACAGAUGAUGUGAAGAUGGCUGCUAGCGACGUCCUGGUGGCUCUGGCCCGCUCCCGCUUCCACUUUGUCAUGUCUGAGCUCCAGAGCCACCUGAAGGCCAUGGGGAAGGUCCCUGAUGAGAUCGUGCUCCUCACCUUGGGCAAAAUGGCCCGCAGCUACGCCCUGCGGUGCAUCCCCUUCGUGGGAAUGACGCUGCUUGCCCUGCGUGCCAUGCUGAGCCGGGUGGGGAGUGGCCGGAUCCUGCGCGCCGUCUGCAGUGUUCUGGAGCAAUGGUCAAAAGGGGUCAAUACAUACUUCAGCAGCCGGGAGCAAUGCCCCUUCCCUCGCAACGGGGAAGCGCAGCUCUGUGAAGACAUUUACCCAGUCUUCCGUUACGCGCUGGUAAAUUGGCUGGGCUGCGAGGAAGAAGAGGACAAGCAGGCUGUGCUCAGGGCGGUGGCUGCCAUGAUGGAGGUCCUGCUGCGUGAGGAGCAGCACCGCGAGCAUGCCUGGGAGCAGCUCCUCUGGCUGCUGCACCAAUCUCAGGAGGUCCGAGACACCUCCCGGGUCAACAAGCUCCCUGACGUGACCAAAGGGCCCGGCCUGGCCCCUAAGGCAGAACUUCCCCGCUGCAUCGCGCUGCAGGCACGAAUAUGCCCUGAGGAGACGGGCAUGUUUCUGCACUCCCCGGAGAGCGGUGGGAGCAAGGCCGGUCGCGUGGCAGCCCUGGGCCUGCUGGGAGCGCUGGCCCACUCUGACGAACCUGCAGUGAGAGAGAAGCUGCCCCAGGUGAUGGAGGCCAUGGGGUCAGUGUGCAACGACCCCAGUGCCCAGGUGCGGAGGGCAGUUCUGGAGUUCAUCCGGGAGCUGCUCAGCUCCGGCUCCCAGAGCUGCUGGGCAUGGGAUGUGGUGGGGCACAUCUUCAGCGAGUUCAGCCGGACCUCAGGCAGACUGGUGGCAGGAGGCCUUUUUGCCUGGGUAACACCGGAGGAAGGAGCUCUUCGAGCCCUGUGUGUGGACAUCCUGGGCUCGCUGGACGUCUCUCUGAGAGGGAUGACCAAACUCCUGUGGCCGAGGUUGCUGCAGUACAUAGUGCCAGCCCAGUACAGCGGCAUGCUGAUCCCGCUCUCCCGCUGUCUCCGAGCCCUAGUUGAGAGACGGGAGAGUGCAGGGUGUGAAGAAGACGAGGAGGAGCCUGACGCCGUGGACUCCCAGGAGCGAGCCCGGCUGCCGGCUCCCCAGGCCCUGCUGGCUCGACUGCUGGUGGUGGCAGCAGCUCCUCACAAGAGCAGUGAACGUGCCGUCGCUGCCUUGCAGCUGCUGCAGGCCCUGCAUGGCAGGAUACACCGAGCCUUGGGGGUGGUGUGGACUACCGAGAUCCCCCUCCUGCUGCAGUACUUGGAAGGGAAAACCAAGAGGUCCCUGGACUCUGCAGAGUGGGAGCAUUGUGUGCUCAAGUUCCUGCGAGCGUCGCUGGAGCCCAUCGAGGACAGGGCCUGGACCAUGGGCCUGAGCCAGGAGCUGAGCCAGCAGCUGGGCAGCUCUGCCCCCGGCUCCUGGGAGAAGCUUUUCCUGUACAAGGCCCUUGGGACAGUGCUGGCAGCUUGUCGGGAUCUCAGACACGUCCAAGGGCAGGUGCUGAGGUUCCUGCAGGAGACAAACCCUGUGCAGCUGUCUGAAGCCCAGGGAAUGGUUUCUGUUGUGUCCCACACGGCUGAGAGCCACUUCCAUCUGGUCUUGGACACGGUGAACAUGUUCUCCACCGCUUUCACCAGAGGCUGGUUUUAUCAGACUUCCAUGGGCUGGAAGGUCCAGCGGUGGCAGAAGAUGGAGAGCGCCCAGGCCAUUCGUGCUGCUCUGAUGCGCACCUACAGCGGCAUUGCGCUGCGUGCCCCCAAGGAGCAGCUGCUCACCCGCGUGGAUAAAGAAAUCGUGGGCAACAUCCUGCGGCUCUCCAGAGCUAAACAGAGGGACUUGCAGCUCAAGCUCGCCCUGGUGCAGAGCAUCACCGAGGUCAGCUGUGCCAUCCAGGCUGUGGGCAACUGCGGCAGCUUUGAGCUGUCCUUAAAGCAGGAGGCAACGUGGACCUUGCUGGACUGGAUCAAGGGGGAGCCCUGGGACUCCCUGGUGUAUGGAGUGUUCCAGGCCCUGGAGGAGUUGAGCAAGCUGAGGCCACCUCUGAGGCGGGAGGAAAAUCACAAGCUGCUGGCAGUGUGCUGCCAGACUGUCUUGUCCUGUCCUUCCAAGGAGCGGAUGAAAAAGGGCAGGAAGACAGUGAGGGCAGCUGUGAACAUGCAGCUUCUGCACAGGAGAUGCGUGGAAGAAGCAGUGGGCCCUGAUGGAGGGAAAGCCCAGAGCCAGCCCUGA